AUGAAGAACACCAGAUGCAGUGGACGCAAAGUGGUACCCAAAUGGAUCCUCAUUAUCAGCAUUUGCAGCUUCGUCUUUGGCAUGUUCUUCACCAACAGGGUGUGGGAUCCGCUUGAUUCAGAUGGAAAGGUAAUGCGGCGGCGAGAACAAGAAAUCAAAAUCGUUUCCGAUGAUUGCAUCACAAACAAGGAUAACGAUUUACUAGGAGCAAUUCACAAAUCUGAUGAAGCAAUCCGAUCAUUGGGAAACUCGAUUUCAAAGUUGCGAAUGGAGCUCCCUGGUGCCCAAAGUUCACUCGAGAAAGGUUACCAUGGCAAUUUGCAAGCAAACAAGACGAUUUCCGAGAAAGAUAUGAGAAGGAAAAAGGCAUUUGUGGUUAUCGGGAUUAACACUGCUUUUAGUAGCAGGAGGAGGCGCGACUCGGUUAGAGAAACAUGGAUGCCUAGGGGUGAAAAGCUAAUUCAGCUCGAAAAGGAGAAGGGUAUUGUCGUCCGUUUCAUUAUUGGUCAUAGUGUGACAUCUAAAAGCAUUUUAGAUCGAGCCAUUGACUCUGAAGAAUCGCAACAUAAGGACUUUCUGAGGCUCGAACAUGUUGAAGGGUAUCAUGAACUAACCGCCAAAACAAAAACGUUCUUCGCUACUGCAUUCGCCAAUUGGGAUGCGAAAUUCUAUGCCAAAGUCGAUGAUGAUGUUCAUGUCAAUUUGGGCAUGUUAGCUUCAACUCUUGAUAGGCAUCGAUCAAAGCCCAGGGUUUAUAUAGGAUGCAUGAAAUCGGGGCCUGUCCUUUCUAAAAAGAAUGUGAAGUACCAUGAACCUGAAUACUGGAAAUUCGGAGAGGAAGGAAACAAAUACUUUUGGCAUGCAACGGGGCAGAUUUACGCCAUUUCCAGCGAUCUUGCUGAAUAUAUCUCCACCAAUCAGCCAAUACUACACAAGUAUGCAAAUGAAGAUGUGUCGCUUGGUGCUUGGUUCAUCGGUCUCGACGUUGAGCAUAUUGAUGACCGGAACAUGUGUUGUGGGACCCCUCCAGAAUGUGAGUGGAAAGCAAAAACAGGCAAUGUGUGCAUUGCUUCGUUCGACUGGAGUUGCAGUGGUAUUUGCAGAUCCGUGGAAAGAAUCAAAGAAGUUCACAAGAAAUGCGGCGAAAAAAGUGUAAUUACCAGGACCAAUUAA